CUGGGCGCCGCCGAGGCCGCCUCCGCCGGGCCGGAAGUGCGGACUGCGUUGGGGACUGGAGACGAUGGAGCAGGCCGAGGCGCACAACGGGAGCGGGGCCGGCGACGCCUCGGCGGCCGGGGCUGCCGGGGCUCGGCCUCCCGCCACCCCGGAGGGCAUGGCGCUGGCCUACGGCAGCCUGGUGCUCAUGGCCCUGCUGCCCAUCUUCUUCGGGGCGCUGCGCUCCGUCUCCUGCGCGAAGGGGAAGAAUGCUUCGGAUAUGCCGGAGACCAUUACCAGCCGAGAUGCUGCCCGCUUUCCUAUCGUUGCCAGCUGCACCCUCUUAGGCCUCUAUCUCUUCUUCAAAAUAUUCUCUCAAGAAUACAUCAACCUGUUGCUCUCCAUGUAUUUCUUUGUCCUGGGGAUCCUUGCCCUUUCCCACACCAUCAGCCCCGUGAUGAACAAAUUCUUCCCAGUCAAUUUCCCCAACAAGCAGUACCAGCUUCUCUUCACUCAGGGCUCUGGGGAAAGUAAAGAAGAGGCUGAUAGAGGUGAAAACGACGUGGUGGCUUUUGUUGCAGAGAUUGUCAACUACGAGUUCGACACCAAGGACCUCGUGUGCCUGGCCAUGAGCAGCAUCGUUGGAGUCUGGUACCUGUUGAGAAAGCACUGGAUUGCCAACAACCUCUUUGGCCUGGCCUUCUCUCUCAACGGGGUGGAGCUGCUGCAUUUGAACAAUGUCAGCACCGGCUGCAUCCUCCUCGGGGGGCUCUUCGUCUACGAUGUCUUCUGGGUCUUUGGCACCAACGUUAUGGUGACGGUCGCAAAGUCCUUUGAGGCGCCCAUAAAAUUGGUUUUCCCCCAAGAUCUUCUAGAGAAAGGCUUGGAGGCCGACAACUUUGCCAUGCUGGGCCUGGGGGACAUUGUCAUCCCAGGAAUCUUCAUUGCUUUGCUGCUGCGCUUUGACAUCAGCCUCAAGAAGAACACGCACACGUACUUCUACACCAGUUUCGUGGCUUAUAUUUUUGGGCUGGGCCUCACCAUCUUCAUCAUGCACAUCUUCAAACAUGCCCAGCCUGCCCUGCUCUACCUGGUCCCGGCCUGCAUCGGCUUCCCUCUCCUGGUGGCUCUGGUGAAGGGAGAAGUGGCAGAGAUGUUCAGCUACGAAUCCUCCGCUGAAAUCUUGCCCCAUACCCCAAGACUCACCCAUUUCCCUAGCGUCUCCGGGUCUCCGUCCAGCCUCGCUGACUCCAUGCAGCAGACACUGUCCUGCUCCCACAGACGCCGGCAGCAAAACCCCAGCGCCAUGUAGCUCUCUCAGGCCUGCCUGUGUAGCCAGCUACGAGGAGAACUCUGCCCCCAAGGAGCUGCCCCCGGGAGAUGCCAAAGAAGGGAAGAAGGAGAAAUGACCUUGGGACGCUCAGCCGGGCUGGGCUCUGCCUGCUGGCCGCCCGCCCUCCCCGCCUCCCCAUCGCAAGUGAAUUUCGUUUUUUAAAAGGCAACUGGAUCGUGUAACAGCCAUGUGUGUUUGUACGUGUGCAUCUGUCUGAAGACUGGCGGAGCAAGGGGGUGGGUGGAAAGCAAGAGGAGGGCCCCCGUAUAUUGACCUCCUCUCUGCCUGCCUGCCUCCUUGCCUGCCUGCAGCUCCUCUUGUUCCCCCGGGGAGGAAGAGGACGGGGCAGGUGGGGGCAAGAAGAAAGCUUCACCCCUUCCGCCAACUGCCCUGACCGCUGUUCAUUGUCUUGGUGGGAAGAAGGAAAUAUGGGAGGGUGGGGUGGGAGGGGAGGGGAGAGAAAGGGAGACUAUGAGCUGAUUUUUAAAUUUUGUAUUGUGGAUUUGCUUCUUCUCAUAUUAAAAUGAAACAAAACAAAAAAAAAUUAUUGAAGGACCA